AUGGAGGACGAGAAAGGGAAAGUAAAGAAGAAGCCUACUGCCCAUCGAAAGUCUCUCUCCUGUGAAUAUUGUAGUCGCUCCUUUGCUCGUUUGGAGCAUUUGCAGCGUCAUCUACGAACCCCAGAUACUAAAGAGAAGCCCUUUUCAUGUGACAUAUGCUCCAAAUCUUUUGCCCGGAGUGAUCUACUUGUGCGACAUGAACGCUUGGUCCAUCCUGCCGAGAGUGCCGCCAGUCGAGAACAACGGACAAAUUCCAGCAAUGAGAGCAAUCAUGAAAUUCCAAUCCAGUCGAAUAUAGUUCAACCCCAUCACGAAUCGCGCAUGCUCGAAUUGGCCGAUGCCAUUCCAGUCCAUACCCAUACACAAGUACCUCAAGGCCCCGAGGUACAGAUACAACCUCCAAUAUUAGAGACCACACACUUCAAUCCAUCCUGGGGCUACGAUUUGAAUCUACUGUCGCACGCUGCAAGCCAUGUCGCUUUGGAAGGUCAGCAGGAAAAUCUGGAAUCCAUUCGAAAACCAACCCACUCAGCUGCUACUCCAUCCCAGUCCUUUUCUCACGCGCAGGAGAGAGCUAUCACCGACAAUUAUGGCUUAGAACCUUCAAUCCUAGACCUCACCGAUCUGGGCGAUCCAGUUCAAGAUUUCACUGUUUUCUUGGAAAGUGUAGGCCUUUCGUCUGAUUGGGACUCUGGAGUGUUCUCGUCUGUUGAAGACCCAAUGCUGCCACCAAGCUUAUCAGUGGAUUCAAAACAACAAGCUCGGGACUCGGCAAGGCUGGGUGGUGAUCUAAUGAGUGAUCCACGGGUACCGGCCGAUGAACAACCGUCCUUCUCCAAUUUCGGCUCUCGGCUACCUUCUCUACAACCAGAAUCUCACGAAAUUGAGGAUCGUAUUGGUCUAUCAGAUGAAGGGCCCAGGCCCGCAUGGGAUAUUACUAAUGCUGAUCGCCAAAUGUUUGUCCAGAAGCUCGAAGAGUUCUCCUUUGUUCUCCCCAAAGGAUUUGUUCCACCUUCUCGGCAUGCACUAUCUCGGUUCUUUGCUGGAUACAUCAACGGCUUGAACGAGCAUCUCCCUUUUUUACACGUCCCCACUCUUUCUAUCGCCAGAUGCUCGCCGGAACUCACCCUGGCCACGGCAGCGGCCGGCUCGCACUACCGGUUUGAAUCUAGUCGUGGCAUUGAACUUUUCCAUGCGGCCAAAGCCAUCCUGUUAGAGCGACUUCGUCGGAGAGACAGCAGACAGGUGCCACAGCCAUCAUGGAAUUACAUCUCUCCUCCAUCUGGAUUUAACUCGCAGGGGUCACCGAUGAUCUCGAACCCAGCAAGCAGUCCAUUCCAAAAUCAGAACCCUCCCAUAAACGCAUCAAUAUACACAUUAGAUGAUUCCGACGCCCAUAUGGAGGUGAUACGGACUUUCCUGUUGCUCACCGUAUUUGCAUCUUGGGAGAGACAUCCGGAGCUCUUGCGGGAGAUUCUCUCGCUUCAAAGCACAUUGGCUCGGCUAGUUCGAGAACACGGCUUAUCAGAACCAAUGCCAACUCCAGAUCCUAUUAGCUGGGAAGAAUGGAUACGAAGAGAGGGGAACAGACGAACAAAGCUCAUUGUAUACUGUUUCUUUAAUCUUCACUCAAUCAUGUACAAUAUCCCUCCUCUUAUCCUGAAUGGGGAGUUGAAGUUGAACAUGCCUUGCUCUCACGAUCUCUGGAAGGCGAAUAGCGCAUCCCACUGGCGGCGACUUCACCGCAGUCGGCAAGACUCUUCUGAUAUUCCCUUUCAAGACGCAUUUGCUCGACUAUUCAUGAGGUUCUCCAGCUCUUUCUCAUUCCCAUCCGCCCCUAUCUCCCCCCUUGGCAACUACAUUCUUAUUCACGCCGUGAUACAACAAAUUUUCUUUGCUCGUCAACUCUGCUUAUCUGCCCCAAACAUGCAGGGCACCAGUUUGAGACACGAAGAUCUCAAUGCCUUGGACAAUUCACUGAGCGCCUGGAAGGCACUGUGGAAACGCUCGCCUGAGUCCAGUAUUGAUCCUCAGAACCCAGCGGGCCCAAUUGCAUUUACCUCGACGGCACUCUUAGGUCUCGCUUAUAUCAGACUUCAUGUCGACCUCGGUCCCUGUCGUCACCUUGUCACCCAAGAUCCAUUAAAGAUAGCCGUUGCUAUAGCCGAAUCACCACCCAUCGUCCGCAGUCCACGACUGAUCAUGGCACUGCUUCACUCCGCCCAUGCACUAUCUAUUCCAGUACGGCUGGGCAUUGACUUUGUGGCCAGGACGCAUUCUUUCUUCUGGAGUAUCCAACACUCGCUCUGCAGUUUGGAAUGCGCGUUCCUACUCAGCCAGUGGCUGUUAGCCAUUCCUACCACACAGCCAGAACAGAGACUAUCAGAACAUGAGCGAAAACUUCUCUUCUGGAUCAAAAGCAUGAUAGAUGAAACUGAAAUGGCAGUUGAUCCUCCCGGGGCACCUAACUUGGAGUUUAUGGCGAACCCAUACAAGGUGCGACAGCUAAGUGUUGCAAUUGUUCGUGUUUGGGCCCGAACUUUCAAGGGAAACACCAGCUGGGCAAUCGUGGAUCUCAUCGGGUUAAGUCUAGACGCUUAUGCCGAUCUUCUCGAAAGCUGA